CAGAGUCUGGCCGGACAGACAGAGGAGGCGGACGGAGCCAUUCAUUUUUCUGUGGGCCCCGGAUAAAACGUGGAGGAGGAUGAAGGCAAUCUGACGACAAGAAAAACCAACUUUAUAAUCAAAUCCCAAACUUUUUAAAUCCAGCAGAGAAUAAAAGUUGCUGACUUUGAACCUACAGAGACAUCUGAGGCGCGUCUCAUCCAGCGCACACACGUGGUGGAGCAACAAGAAAGAACUCUUACAUCAUUUGUUUUUUUAAAGGAGACUUGGCUUCUAUCGCUGUCACGUUCCACUCCAAAGGUGUGUCUGAAGUGACGCCAGCAGGCUGGCUCAGGAAAAACGACUUCAAUACAAUGUAGACACCGAAAAGCCGUCAGCUGAAGAGUCUGAAGACCACGCUGACAGUAGGAGGGCGACCCCAAGGAGGACGACCGACAGCUGUGGACUGAAACAACACCAACAGAAGAUAAGAAAAGUGAAAUAACGGCAGGGGAGAGGAGGGAAGCAGCGGACUGUGAAUCAUUGACGUGAACCCUUUUGUCCUUCCCGUGAAGGGUUCAGCUUGUUCCCACGUCUCCUUGUGGAGAAGGAUCAUUACCUCGGCCGGUGGUAUUUCAAAGAAAGGUAGCCCACACGCAUUUUUCUCCUCUCAGCAGUGUUGAUAUCUAAGCAGAGCGGCCGUCAGCAUGUGCCAUGUCAUUGUCACUUGCCGCUCCAUGCUGUGGACCCUGCUGAGCAUCGUGGCUGCUUUUGGCGAACUCAUCGCCUUCAUGAGCACUGAUUGGCUAGUAGGGUAUCCCCGCACACCUGACGCCGUCUUCGGCUCCCAUGGGGCUACGGCAGCCGGCGAGGCCUACAGACCAACUCUAGGAAUCUAUGGCCGCUGCAUAAAGCUACCGCAAAUGCAGAGGGGGAUACUGUGCGGACCGUACGCCUUCCGCUUUGGGGAGAUUGCCAGCGGGUUCUGGCAGGCGACCUCCAUCUUUCUGGCUGCUGGGAUCUUGCUGCUGUGUGCUGUGGCGUUCAUCUCCAUCUUCACCAUGUGCUUCCAAAGCAUCAUGAAGAAGAGCAUCUUUAAUGUGUGCGGACUGCUGCAAGGGAUCGCAGGUCUGUUCCUGAUUCUGGGUCUGAUGUUGUACCCUGCUGGCUGGGGUUCCGACAAGGUCCAGGUGUACUGCGGUCUGGACGCCGCGCCGUAUCGGGCCGGGCUCUGCUCCAUGGGCUGGGCCUUCUACACGGCCAUGGGCGGCACCGUGCUCACAUUCAUCUGCGCCGUGUUCUCGGCCCAGGCCGAGAUCGCCACGUCCAGCGACAAGGUCCAGGAGGAGAUCGAGGAGGGAAAGAGUCUGAUCUGCCUCCUGUGAGGCGCCGAUCGCAUCUGAUGAGGAGCCAAGGCAGGCCAGAUAAAGAUCCAGCCCUGCUCACAAGGUCGGCCUGCGGGGGAGAAGCCGCGGCAUUGUUUACCACUAAAACCGACUCUUAUUUUGUCUCCGUCUUGUGUUGAUGUGGGAGAAAUGUACAAGUGCCAACUUUUAUUUUUUUUUUUCCUCCGCUCUGUGCCGUCUUUGUCUCUAUGACAUCUAGAGGUGCUGUGUUUGUUAUUGUAUUCAUGUUAUGCAUGUGGGUGCCCUGAGCGGCUCUGCCUGUCGCCACAUGUUCUGUAAAUAAAUGUGAUUAUAUGUAUUUUGUACAUAGUUAUGAUUGCAGAAUGAUGGUCAGCUUUACCUUUGCUGGCUCCUUGACAUCAGUUAAGCCACUCGUGAAAAAAAAAAAAAAAAAAGGUGUAUAUCCUGGUGGUUUGGUCACCAGAUCAUGACUAGUAAACCUGGAUCUUUUUAACUGUGUGCCAUAUAUGAGUAAUAACUCAUGAAGGGAACCACUACUCAGUCAGAAUAAGCAGCCUUUAGGUCAGAGUGGAUGUCCUUUAGAGCUUUCAGAAUGUACUAUGAUGUGUUUGUAGACCGCUGAAAUGUAUUGGUAGGAAGGAUGGAGUGGGACUGCAGGAGGACAGUCGGAGGACGCUGUCCUCAUGGAGCUGGCAGCCUGGAAUCCCUCCACUAAAGACUCGGACUAAACGACUAGGACACAAGUAAAUGAAGUAUUGCUGUUGUUAGUACUGUCUGGUUUCAGGGAGUGUGUGUGUGUGGAUGCGUGUGUCACAGAUAGUCUCGUAUCUGUUCUGAUUUGAUUCUGCCAAACUAAUAAAGAGAAGG